AUGGCUAAUGCCCAAGUGCUGCAUGCAAAAGGCUUGUGCCACUCUUUGGUCAUCUGCAACCAGUACGUGACCCAAUCCAUCAUGGCCGAAGGUCAAUCUACUCUUCUACUCAGGAAACAACUCGCUGAUCUCAAGAAAAAUCCUGUUGAAGGCUUCUCAGCUGGCCUAAUUGAUGAUGAUGAUAUCUACAAGUGGGAAGUUCUCAUUAUUGGCCCCCCUGAUACACUCUAUGAGGGAGGGUUCUUCAAAGCUCAUCUGUACUUCCCAAAGGACUACCCUCAGAAGCCACCAAAGAUGAAAUUCAUAUCGGAUGUCUGGCACCCCAACAUUGAGAAGAAUGGUGAUGUGUGUAUCUCAAUCCUCCAUGAACCUGGGGAUGACAAGUGGGGAUAUGAGAAAGCAAAUGAACGCUGGCUUCCCAUUCACACGGUGGAGACAAUCCUCAUAUCCGUCAUCUCCAUGUUGGCUGACCCCAACGAUGAGAGCCCUGCAAAUGUCGAUGCUGCGAGUGAGUGGUUGACGUGUGGAUCGUCCUUGAGUGCACCUGGGAAGUUUGGAGAAGAGCAGUCUGCCGCUGGUGAUGAUGCUUGA